AAAUCAAAAAGAGAAAGCAAAAGCUAACCAUAACUAUCUCCAACACCACUUUAGUUCCCCAGUCAGUCACACACAGCCCCUUCCCUAGACAGAGAAACUCAAACUCACUUCUAUUCUAUUCUAGUGAGAGAGAAAAACACACACCAACAAAAUAAACAACUAAAAGGAAUAAAAAACAAAAGCACCCCUCUUCAACCUUUUAUUUUUCUCUUCUUGCUUCAUCUUCCAAUCUUCUCCCACCAUUCUAGUUUCUUUCACACCUUCUCAGUCAAGACAGACACUUUUCUUGUUUCUGUUCUGCACGGUGAAGAAGCUCUGAGUUCAGUUGUGAAAGGAGACAGUAUAGUGAAGAGGAUGUAAAACAAAAGGAUACCCAUUGUUUUUCUUCAUCAUUUCUAUGGUGGGUCUCUAUCCCUUCUGCCUAUUAUGCUUUUGGGUGCCUAGAUCUCUCUUUGUUUCAUCAUUUUUUUUCCCUCUUUGUUUUCUUUUGUUUGACGUGCUUUGGGUCAUGGUUUUCCAAUGGAAACAAAAUAGAAGAUUGGGAGUUUUUACAUUUUUUAACAUUUCUCCAUCUCUUGUUGUCUGUAUUUUCUUGGUUCUUCUCUCUCUAUCUUCUGUAUGUUGCUUAUUUCCUCUGAAGUUGAGGUUUCUUGCUCAAAGGGUUUUCUUAACUAGAAGUCAUUGUUUGAUGAUAUGUGAUAUUGGGAUAUGGAGAGGGUUGCAGAGCCAAAGGUACUUCCUCGGUCUUUGCCUGUUCUGGUUGAGGUAUCUAAUGCGCACACUGCUGCAAUGAGAGAAGCUGGUCAAAGACUAAAUGCGCAGGAUGUUUCGGGUGUGCGAGGGAUUCCAUCAAGAGAAGGGAAUCAGUUUUCAAAGUCACGAGAUGGCCCCAUGACACGUCUUGCCUCCAUCAGAGAAGUGGCUCAGUUAUCAAAUGCACGAAUAGUUUUGGUUAGAGAGGAUAUGGGGUUCGAUACACGGUCCUGUCAAGAGCCUCCCUCCCCUGUUCCUACAAGAACGUGGAAAGGAAAGAGCUCUUUACCUGAAGCCGUAGAACUUGUGCCUGAUAUUCAGACAUUGAAGGGUAGCAAUGAUUCUUUUGGGGAAACUGGUCCAAGUUCAUUUGCUGGUGCAAGUCAUCCCCCAGAACCUGUUGAUACUGAUCUUAUGAGAACGGUUUAUGUGCCAAUAGGUCAAACCAAAUCCGAGGCAGCAUGUUUGAUGAAGAGUGUGUCCUUGAAGGGUUCUGGUCCUUUCUUAGAAGAUCUUUCAAUUUGUGUUCCUGCCAAGAAACAAAGCAUGGCUGUUGUUUCUCCUGCAGAAAGCCUGGUUGAUGAGUCAAAUGUGACGCAUAACAUACCCUCGCCACUUUCGGGUGCUCGUGCAUCUCAGAAUACCGAGAACUCUCCUACUGCUCCAGAUUCUGAGGAGAAAGAAUGUGUUUGGGAUGCAUCUUUGCCUCCAAGUGGUAAUGUUAGUCCCCUUAGUAGUAUUGAUAGUACUAGUGUUGUCAGAACAAUGAGCAUCGUUAAUAGUUGUGCAAGUACAUACCGGAGUGAUGCAGUCACUAGUGAUGGCAUGCUUAGUUUGGACAGGAAUUGUGAUAGCACUAAAGGAAGUGUUAGAGGGGAUUCACUGGAGAGUGCAAAAACUAGUGCUAGCCGAGCAAGUGAUAGCAGUGGCCUCAGUGAUGACAGCAACUGGAGUAACAUAACUGGCAGUGCCAACAAGCCACACAAAGGAAAUGAUCCUAGAUGGAAGGCUAUCCUUGCCAUCCGAGCACGGGACGGAAUUCUUGGCAUGAGUCACUUCAGGUUACUCAAACGACUUGGUUGUGGUGAUAUUGGAAGUGUUUAUCUCUCAGAUCUUAGUGCAACUCGAUGCUUUUUUGCAAUGAAAGUUAUGGACAAGGCAUCCUUAGCAAGCAGAAAUAAGCUGACUAGGGCUCAGACAGAAAGAGAGAUAUUGCAGUUGCUGGAUCAUCCAUUUCUGCCUACUUUGUAUACACAUUUUGAGACCGACAGAUUCUGCUGUUUGGUAAUGGAAUACUGUCCAGGGGGUGAUCUUCACACCUUAAGGCAAAGACAACCUGGGAAACAUUUCUUGGAGUAUGCUGCACGCUUUUAUGCAGCAGAGGUUCUGCUGGCACUUGAAUAUCUUCACAUGCUUGGAGUGGUGUACAGAGACCUUAAACCUGAAAACGUACUGGUCCGAGAUGAUGGUCACAUAAUGCUCUCAGACUUCGAUCUUUCUCUCAGAUGUGCUGUUUCACCUACCCUUAUAAGAAAUAUUGACGGGGAUCCCUCCAAACGAGCUGGUGGCGCAUUCUGUGUGCAGCCGGCUUGUAUCGAGCCUUCAUCGGUAUGCAUCCAGCCUUCAUGUUUCAUGCCUCGCCUUUUUGCUCAGAAAAAUAAGAAGUCACGGAGGCCUAAAGCAGAUCCAGGCCUGCAAUCCAGCACACUUCCUGAGCUUGUUGCAGAACCAACAACUGCUCGGUCCAUGUCUUUUGUGGGCACUCACGAAUACCUUGCUCCCGAAAUCAUCAAAGGAGAAGGUCAUGGAAGUGCUGUCGAUUGGUGGACAUUUGGGAUUUUCUUGCAUGAACUAUUAUACGGUAAAACCCCUUUCAAAGGCUCAGGAAACCGCGCGACCCUUUUCAACGUAGUAGGCCAGCAGCUCAGAUUUCCGGAGUCACCGGCCACCAGUUAUGCGAGCCGUGAUCUCAUCCGCUGCCUGCUGGUGAAGGAGCCGCAGCACCGGCUGGGAGUGAAGAGGGGUGCGACUGAGAUCAAACAGCACCCGUUCUUUGAAGGCGUGAACUGGGCGUUGAUCAGGUGCAGCACUCCACCAGAAGUUCCAAGAGCAGUUGAAUGUGAUGUUGUAGCAGCAAAGUUUGAAGCAGUUGAUAGUGUUGGGGUUGGCAUGAACAAUAGUAGUAAGAGGAUGGGAGGUAAUAAUGAGAUGAAGUCUGGGGGUAAAUAUCUGGACUUUGAGUUCUUUUAGUUUUUGAUUCUUCAAUCUACAUAUUUGUAUUGUGUUUCUUCCAUGUUCAGUUAAUUUUACAAGAGAUGCACAGUGCAUCGUUAUCAUGUUGUUUCCUUUUAGUCACACUUACCAGAAUUCCAUUUCAGUUGGAAAUGAUACCACCUUAUAUUCAGAGGGUAAUACAGCAAUUCUUAUAGAUAACUCAUCAUUCGAUGUCUCGAUACAAAAUCAAUCUA